AUGUCUCCAACAACUUACGAAGAGUUGCUUUCGUUUGUAGCGCCUAUCAUUGUAAAACUAAGAACUACCAUGAGAGACCCUGUGAGUCCGAGUGAAAGGCUGGCCGUAACACUUAGAUUUCUUGUAACAGGAGAUGCUCAGUGUACUAUUGCUGCAAGUUACAGAAUCAGCGCAUCUACUAUCAGUAGGAUUAUUAGUGAGACAUGCGCUGCUAUCUGGACAUCAUUGAAAGAGAGAAAUUUUCUACACGUCCCAUCAGAAAAACAAGAAUGGAAAGCAAUUGCAAAAGAAUUUGAAAACAUGUGGAAUUUUCCGCAUGCUAUAGGUGCAAUAGAUGGCAAGCACAUCGUUAUGCAAGCUCCUCAUAAUGGCGUAUCAGAGUAA